AUGGGGGGCAUGGACAGAGACCUGGAGGCCAACUCGUGCCCUUUAUGGAGGGAGAGGUACCUGCUCGGGGGGAAGGAAGCCCAGAAAGGGCCUCUGCUCUUCGAUGAUCUCCCAUCAGCCAGCAGUGCUGACUCAGCCUCCAGUGCUACUGAGCAGGUCUCAUCAGCAGGGAGCCAUGGGAAAGGGGAGAAGAGAAAGUCCUUGGAGGAGGAAGAGAAGAAUGGCAGGGAAGAACUUGUGGAAAAGAAAGUUUGGUCAGUGGGCAUUCUUGGAUUGAAGGGUUAUGUGGCAGAGAGGAAAGGUGAAAGAGAAGACAUGCAGGAUGCACAUGUUAUCUUAAACAAUAUCACCGAGGAAUGCCAGCCUCUGCCCUCCCAAAUCACACGUGUCUCGUACUUCGCUGUUUUUGAUGGCCACGGGGGAGUCCGAGCCUCAAAAUUUGCAGCACAGAAUCUGCACCAAAACCUGAUUAAGAAAUUUCCUAAAGGUGAGGUAGUCAGCGUGGAGAAAACUGUGAAGAGAUGCCUUUUGGACACCUUCAAACACACAGAUGAAGAGUUUCUAAAGCAGGCAUCCAGCCAGAAGCCAGCGUGGAAGGAUGGCUCCACAGCUACUUGUGUCCUAGCUGUCGACAAUAUUCUCUACAUAGCCAACCUCGGGGACAGCCGGGCGAUUCUGUGUCGUUACAAUGAAGAGAGUCAGAAACAUGCGGCCUUAAGCCUCAGUAAAGAGCACAACCCCACCCAAUAUGAGGAGCGUAUGCGGAUACAGAAAGCUGGGGGAAAUGUCAGGGACGGAAGAGUCCUAGGAGUCCUAGAGGUUUCCCGCUCCAUUGGGGAUGGCCAGUACAAACGCUGUGGUGUUAUCUCUGUGCCAGAUAUCAAACGCUGCCAACUCACGCACAACGACAGGUUCAUUCUGAUAGCGUGUGAUGGCCUCUUUAAAGUUUUUACACCAGAAGAAGCUGUGAACUUCAUUGUGUCCUGCCUGGAGGAUAAGAACAUCCAGACGAGAGAAGGGAAGCUAGAAGCAGAUGCUAGAUAUGAAGCUGCGUGUAACAGACUGGCCAACAAGGCAGUACAGCGAGGGUCGGCGGACAACGUCACGGUCAUGGUGGUCCGGAUAGAGCACUGAGAGAUGAGGUGCGGCAGCAGGAUCCCUAGCUUGUGGCGGAUGUAAGGGAAGGGAGAAGUCGGUGUGCGUGCAUGUGUGGCUGGGGCAGGGAGGGUCCUGCUGGAUGCUCUUCAGUGUAAAUAAAGUUGUGGGUUUUUUUUUUCUAAUAGUUUUAGCU